GAACACAAAUGUACAAUUUGGUGUUCUUUUUUUUGCUGGCUCUCAACAGAGGUUUAGCAUUAUGUGUUUCCAUAGUUAGGAGAUUUCCCUUGACCGCCGCUCAAUGACGUAGUGUACUGGCAACAACCCAGUAGUAAUCGCCAUGGUUACAGUUGUGUCACGUGACCAGCAACGUAAACAAUGUCCAGAGCGUUUAGCGAGUUCCUCACAGAUUAGCUCCUAGAUGAUCGUGUAAAAUUGCCCCGAUUGUACCGAACGCACCGUGAGAUAGUUUGGUUGAACAGAGGAUGAAGGACGUCCUGCUGGGGCGAAAGGACAUGUAAAGUUAAAUAAUGUAGUCUUAAAGUUGCGUGACAUGGAGAGCCGUCUGAUCCGCUGAGCUGAGAAGAUGGGAGCAAGCGCAUCAGUGUCUCUCUGUACCGACUUAAGCUCUGUACGAAUCCGGAGAAGCACGGCUAAGAUCUGCCCUCAGUCCGCUGCUGCUCUGCACCAGCCGCAGUGUGAAGCCAGGCCUGUAUUUGGUGUCGCCGUGGAAACGCUAAGGGAAGAUGGACAGCUGGUCGAUGGAGUGCCUCUUGUGUUGAGGCGCAUGGUGGAGUUCCUGGACAAAACAGGAGUGCGUCAUAAGGGUAUAUUCCGCCUGUCCGGCUCGGUGGUCCAGACCAGACAGCUGAGGCUGCAGUGGGACAGGGGGGAGGCGGUGGACCUGCAGCAGGACUCGGACGUGCCCACAGUGGCCUCGCUGCUCAAGCUGUUCUUCCGGGAGCUCCCCAUCCCCCUGGUCCCGGAGGCCCACCGCAGGCAGCUUCUGUCGGGCUUCGCAGAAUACAAGGAUGAGCAGGAGCUGAUCGGAUUCCUGAAGGACAUUCUGGGCUGUUUACCUGUGGACUACUUCAGCAUCCUGUCUUACCUCAUCCACUUCCUUGCCAGAGUGGCGUCUCACAGCCAAUCAAAUCAGAUGCCAAUGGAGAACUUGGCCACCAUCUUUGGUCCCUGUGUAUUCCGUGUUCCAACCGGACCCCACAUGCUUGAGGGGCAGAACGCGUGUAACGCACUAUUGCUCCGCCUUCUAAGACACCAGGACCAACUGUUUGUCUGUCUCCCUCCUCCUCCACCCAGUCCUCCUUCUUCCUCUCCUCCUCCUCCUCAUUAUCCUCCUACUUCCCGGGAAAUGGCCUUCACCACCCCUACCUCCUCACCGCCUCCGCCCCCGCUCUCUGUUUUGUCAGACUUUGAGGUGCCUACCUGUAGUGCACAGAGAGCCAUGCUGGAUGAAGACCGAAGGGCCUCCUCCGUGUCUCUCAGCAGUGCCUCCCAUGGCACCUGGUCCCACUCUCGGCUCGGCAGCUCUGACACCAUUAGGUCUUCAAGAUGGGAGGGGGGCUCUCAGCUCAGCACCAGCCCCCAGAGGGGGACCCUGGACCAGCCAGAGGAGCGGGAGGGGGGCUCUCAGCUCAGCACCAGCCCCCAGAGGGUGACCCUGGACCGGCCAGAGGAGCUGCAGGGGGACACUGCUGGUUCCGGGACCGCCCCCAGCCCCGCUGAUGUCGGCUCAGCCCAGCGGCUGCUCAGACUCAGCCCUGUGCGGACCACUCAGGGAACGGAGGUGGAGGAGGCUGACUCGACCAUAGGAUUGCCGGAGCCAAACGCCAAGACUUCAGCGGAGAUCUCCCAGAGGGGUGGCGAGGCAGAGGGGGAGGGGGGGAGGAGCAGAGACCAAAGGGACCUUUCUCCCCGCCCUUGCAAGGAAAUCCGCUCCAGGCCUUGCUCCCCCAAACAGGAUGCCAUCGAUCCAGAACUGGUUUCAUCAGUUACUGAGCAAAGACCAACCCAAGCAGAGAGGGUCAGCCUGUGUACAGAGAGUCCCAUAGCAGCCAGCCCCCUGGGACAUGCAGACCAGAGCCCGCGCCUCAAGUUCCAAGCCCUGGAGUCUGACCAGGGGGGUCCGCCCCCAGCCCCGGGGAGCAAGCCCCUCCACCAACAGAUGGGGGUCGCAGCCGAGCCCAGCCUGGUGCCCCCCACGCGGCUCCUCUCCUCCUCACCCCCAUCGCGGCUCCUCUCCUCCUCACCCCCAUCGCGGCUCCUCCCCUCCUCACCCCCAUCGCUGCUCCUCCCCUCCUCACCCCCAUCCCUGCUCCUGUCCUCCUCACCCCCAUCCCUGCUCCUGUCCUCCUCACCCCCAUCGCUGCCGUCUCAAUCCGAGGUCAUUCCAUUGCAGCAGGUCUCUAGCAGCCCUCGGACUCUGGUGGGCAGGGCCCAACAACCCGACCAGCAGCAUGACAUCAUCGCGCCCGUCCUGGACCCCGCCCCCAGGCCCCCCUCCUCCUCCAGCACCUCCUCCUCCUGCUCCUCUGCCGUGCUGCUGCAGCACAUGGGGGCCGGUGACAGGCCGGUCCUGUCGCCCCGCUGCCCCAGCCUCAGCUCCAGCCUGCGCUUCCUGUCGGACCCUGACUCCGCCCCCUCACCACCCAGCUCCCAGAACAGCCACAUGGCUCACCGCAGUGUGCGUACGCAGCCAGAGGAGGGAGCCAAAGAGCAGGUGUCCAUCUCUUCACUGAACAGACACAUUCACUCGCUUAGGAAACAGAUCCGGCUCUUCGAGGAGCAGUUUGAACAGGAGAAGAACUACAAGCCAGCGCACAAUGACAAGACAGCCCAUCCAGAGGUGGCUGGACUCAUGAAGCAACUCAUCAAGAGCCGCAGGCAACUCAAAGACCACAAGCUCAAGCAGCUUUCACACGGAGGAGGGAGGAGAGAGCCCAGGGUCGCCCAACUCCCCUCCUCCUCCACGUCCUCUUCCUCCCCUUCUGAGGGGCGCAGGACCGUCCGGCACCAGCAGGGGGCGCCCCUGGCCGGGACGGAGCUGCAGCAGUUGGACAACGGCAGCAACAGCCAGCUUGACGUGGAGGAGACGGUCCAGACACUGAGCACCAGACUGAGGGACAGACGGAGGGAGCUGGGGCUGCCCGACGACCUCAAGGAGAUGUCUCAGUCCCAGAGGUCUCUGGAGAAGACCGCUCUCCAGAAGUGCCUGCUCCACUACGAGAGCCUCCACGGUCGACCGAGUACCAGACAGGAGAGGAUGCUGAUGAGGCCGUUCUACGAUCGCUACCGCCUCCUCAAACAGCUGCUGCUGGCGUCCUCCGCCAGCCCCGUCAUCACCACCAUACAGGAGGAGGAGGGCUCUGACGAGGAGGGUUCGAGGCCCCCCGGGUGUUUGUCCUCCACUGGUUCUCUGCUGCUGAAACGUUCCCAGGACGUCCCCGAGGCCACCUUGGUGUCUCCUCUGGAGGAGGUCAGAGUGCUCCCGCCCCUGGGCGUCACCAUGGCAACCCUGCACGAAGCCUCCAGGUCUGAGCUGCUGGAACAGAUGAGGAGCACGCGUCUGCAGAAGAAGAAGCUCCACCUCGCCCUCCGAGAGUUCGAACACCACUUCCACGCCCAGACUGGCAGGACUUGUCAGAAGGAGGACCGUGGACCAAUGGACGAGGAGUACUGCCAGUACAAGAACGUCAAAGUGAAGCUCCGCCUACUGGAAGCCUUGCUCAGUAAACAACAGGACUCAACCCAGACCAGUUGAGAGUCACUCACAGUGGGACUUUUAUUUUGAAAAGAGCUCUUUUAUUUUUUCAUAUAAGGAAAUAAAAAAAACAACAACUAAGAAAUAAGUUGAGAAUAUAUAUCGUCAUGGGUUUAUCUCAUGCCAUGCUCAUUAUAUAAGCACUUUAAAUGACAAUGACAAGGACAUAAGUGAUCGCAAAAGGACAACGCUAACUCAAUUAUUUUCACCAGCCUCCUGAACACAUCCCUUUUUAAAGAUACCGCCUCUUUCUCGGUGAAAGAUUUGCAGUGCCAUUCUUUUUUCUUUAAAAGCUUCAACCUAAAUAUCUUCAUAACAUCAAGUUCAUUUUAGUUACAAGCACUUCCUAUGCGGCUGUAUUGUAUGGCACUUUGUUUGUUACUUCCUCCCCCUCCCCUCUUCAUUCAUCUUGCCAAAACAGAGUUUGUAAAACAUGGUACAUAGUGUGAAAUGCUGCAUUUCAAAAGUGCUAUCUUGGCAAGGACUUUUUUUUCUGAAAUAAUACACAAUCUAUCAAGACAAUCCAGCAUGUUUGUGCAUGAGAUUUGUGUUUGUUUUACAUUGUGCUAUGAUAAGCAAUAGGGAUUUCAUAGUUGAUAUGAAGUGAAGCAAGUGACACGUCUACCUUGGAAAUGGAUGUUGCCAGUGUAGUGCAAAUAAUUUCAAUUGUCAAAUUGUUUAUUUCCCCCUAAAGUUAUCCUUGUUUGAUUCCUAUCUUCCAAGUGAAAUGCCAUUGUUGACAUUUAUAAGAGCGUAUUGAUAUUGUGCACUUCUGGUUUAUAUAUAUAUUUUUUUAAUAUAUAGAUAUAUCAAUAAAAAAUAAAUAUUUUUUUCACAUCUA